UUUAAAAGAGUGUGGAGAAGGGGAGAAGCUUCGCGAGACGCCUGGAUCUUCUCUGCGUAGAUUGUGAAUUUCUGUCGGUUCAAAGAUUCAGAUUGAAGAAAUUGUUGAAUGAAAGAUAUGGAUAAUGUGAUGUGCUGGGAAGAGAGAUGCUGUGCCAUCUCAAAGUCAAAACUUGAAUGAUUAAUUAAGUGAAUUCUUUAUUAAUUCUGCAAAGCAUAUUAUGGAAUAUAUUCAAGAGCAGUUGUUUAUAGCUUCAGUUAGAGAUUGCAGACUUAGAAAAAAAAUAAUCUUUUAUUACUUGUUUUGCAUAGACAUAUAUAUACAUCAGUGUGUGUGUGUGUAAACUAGUCAUGCCACUGCAACAAGUAUACAUUGGCCACCAUAUCAGCUAAAUAUGAUAGUGAAAUUACAGCUAAAAUCAAGUUGUCCUGUGAUUUUGUACACUGAAUCAAUUUUCAUAAGUUUGAGCUAAAAAAACCUCAAUGUUGUCAAACAUGUCAAGAUUAGGAGAAAAGAGAUGUCAGCUUAUGAAAAUGUUGUUGCUGGCAAGCUGAGGCUGAAGGGAAAAGCUUUGGAUGUGAGGAACGCAGCUAUAAAAAAGAAACGGAAGCACAAAGAGCGAUAUAUCCUAUCGUAUCAUGCUGCUGGCCACGACCAGUUGACAGAUGAAAACAACGCCUUGGUAUCUUCGCAUGACACGUAUUGGGAUGGAAAUGGAGGAGAGGACGAGCGCUUGACUCCAGCAGAAAGACGCUACAUGGAACAGCGACAAAAGAUCGAGCUGAAGAGACUUGCGGAGGCUGCUAAGAAGUCUCACCGUGAUCGCAUCGAGGAAUUUAAUCAGUAUUUGGCUAAUCUGAGUGAGCACUAUGACAUCCCUAAAGUGGGGCCUGGUUAACUACUAUACUUCACCAUUCUGUACUUCAAAACUAAGUUCAUGUAUUUUUCACAAUCUCCUCAUUCUUAUAACAAAGGUUGUAUUAUUCACA